CUUCAUAUAAUAUAGUAUUUGAUCUCAGGACCAAGUACAUCCAGUGAGCUCUUAAAAUACAAUGGAUUCAGAAUUGUCAUACACCUUCAACAGAAAGCUUUUGUUCACUGCCAAUCAAAAUUUAGUCACAAGCCGUAGUAGGAAUCUCAAGCUUCUUUUACCUACUGCAGCUGUAAGGCACACAGACUUGUGGGAAAUAAAGCCACCUGAUUUCAGCCCCAAACUUUACAGCACUUUAAACUUGCCUCGGAUCAAGAAAAAAACACUGGACUCAGAUCUGCUCAAAGGAGGCUUAGAAGACUUAUCUCAAAGCCAUCAUAAAAUACUUCCUGUCAUGCAGCCUAAACAAGAACAGAAGAGGAAUAUGCCAGUGUUUAUCGCUAAAUACAAACCACCUGGAUUAUUGGAAUUACAGUUGGAGUUUGCGAAGUUGGGACAGUUUCCAAGUGGUCCUUACAAAAACCCAAAGCCUCACAAUUUCAGACCUUGUGAUGAAAACCUGCCGGACAUGGUCACCACCAUUGCAAAGGAUCCUGAAUAUUUGACCCUUAAGACGCAGUUAUUGGGAGCAAGAAUCCAGCCAGAUUUUUCAGAAGAGCCAUCCAGGAAGAUUAUCACCUUCAAACCAGCAGAUCCCAAAUGGGAUGCAAGACUCAUUCUGCCAAAGACCCCUUGGCCACCCGUAUCUGCCACAUACACUAGACAUCAGUGCAGGAGAGGGGUGUACAGUGCAUUUAUGGACCGUGUGGAAGAAAAACUCACCAGAUCUUGGAUGAAAUAAUUGUUCAGUCAGUCGAACAGAUUAAUUUAAGGCAAAAACAGCAGGUUUUACCAAG